AUGCACCAAGCCAAGCACACACUGAGGCAGAAGCAAAAGGUCGAAGACCUCGAGGCUGGCAUCGCGCGCCUUCAAGACAAGAUUCAGCAGUUGAAUGAUCAGCGUCGCAUCGUUAGUGCCAGUAUCGUGACAAACACGUCGGCGUGGAGUGUUGCGGCGGAAUACUUUCGCUUGAUGCACUCGUCCGCGUCGCCUUCAGGGGGGGCUCCGACAAUGUCACUGCGUGAAUUUCACGAGCAGCGAGACUUCUUCCUGGCGACUAUGGCACACGACGUGGUUGGUGACAGAGGAUUCGGAUCGUCGAUUCUUGAGGAUCUACACAUCGAGCUCGAGUGCCUGGAUAGUUGCGACGACAGCGUCUUGAUCGCUUACGUCGAAAGCACGGCCACCCUCACGGUUAGCACCCUUUUGUCCGUAUCCCCACGCCUGACGAUGCAUGGGUCUGUGCGCUUUCAGUGGAGCAGCGAGAGGAGCCGCGUUGUCGGCUUGCACUUCGACUUGGGCAUGUUGACACCAAUUUUCAGUCUGCUGGGCAAUCUGGAGGAUACGGCACCGGUGUUCCACGGCGCUCUUCUCACCCCUGACAGCAACUUGGCUUCACUGUAUUGA